GGCUGGGCUCGGCGGGAGAGCGGCGCACAGCGAGGCGGCAGCUCCAGCCACAGUCAACCCUCUCUGCCUCCCACCCACCAUGUCAGGCACCCGGGCGUCCAACGACCGCAGCAGCCACCCCGGCGGCGGGCUCAAGCGGGCGCGCAGCGAGCCGGGCGGUAACAAAGUGACGGUGGUGCUCGGAGCGCAGUGGGGGGACGAAGGCAAGGGAAAGGUGGUCGACCUGCUGGCCACCGAGUCGGACAUAGUGUGCCGGUGCCAGGGUGGAAAUAACGCAGGCCAUACGGUGGUUGUUGAUGGGAAAGAAUAUGAUUUUCACCUAUUUCCUAGUGGCAUCAUUAAUCCAAAAGCAAUUUCUUUUAUUGGUAAUGGAGUGGUUAUACAUUUACCAGGCCUGUUUGAAGAAGCUGAAAAGAAUGAAAAGAAAGGUUUAAAAGAUUGGGAGAAAAGACUGAUUAUAUCAGACAGAGCACAUAUAGUGUUUGACUUUCAUCAGGCAGUGGAUGGGCUCCAGGAAGUGCAACGCCAGGCACAAGAAGGAAAAAACAUUGGCACAACAAAGAAGGGGAUUGGACCAACAUAUUCUUCCAAAGCUGCACGAACGGGUCUUCGAAUUUGUGACCUCCUCUCUGACUUUGAUGAAUUUUCUUCAAGGUUUAAAAAUCUGGCACAGCAAUACAAGUCAAUGUUUCCCACACUGGAAAUAGAUGUAGAAGGACAGUUGAAAAAGCUAAAGGGAUAUGCUGAAAAAAUAAGACCCAUGGUUCGAGAUGGUGUGUACUUUAUGUAUGAAGCUCUUCAUGGCUCCCCAAAGAAGAUCCUUGUUGAAGGAGCCAAUGCAGCAUUACUUGAUAUUGACUUUGGCACGUAUCCUUUCGUGACCUCAUCGAACUGCACCGUGGGUGGUGUGUGCACCGGCCUUGGUGUUCCUCCCCAGCACGUCGGGGACGUGUACGGCGUGGUGAAGGCCUACACGACUCGGGUGGGAAUCGGAGCCUUCCCCACUGAGCAGAUCAAUGAAAUUGGAGACCUUUUACAGUCCCGUGGCCACGAAUGGGGAGUAACAACAGGCAGAAAGCGACGCUGUGGCUGGUUAGAUCUUGUCAUUUUGAAAUAUGCUCAUAUGAUCAACGGAUUCACUGCUUUGGCGUUAACAAAACUGGAUAUUCUUGAUGUCCUUGAUGAGAUUAAAAUUGGUGUUGCUUACAAGUUGGGUGGAAAAAGAAUUCCGUAUUUUCCAGCUAAUCAGGAGAUAUUACAGAAGGUGGAAGUAGAGUAUGAAACAAUGCCUGGGUGGAAGGCUGACACAACCGGUGCACGGAAAUGGGAGGACCUCCCACUGAAGGCCCAGAAUUACAUCCGCUGUGUGGAGAACCAUGUUGGAGUGCCAGUGAAAUGGGUCGGAGUUGGGAAAUCGAGAGAGUCGAUGAUCCAGCUGUUCUAAACAACUGAGGAACUUCGGUGAUGAGAAGCACAAUGUAGCGUUCGUCUGUUCCUUACCGCUUCCUCUUUCAGUGGAGAUGCUAUUUCAAACCAACAUGUUCUUCUAGGAGUUGGAUAGAAAUAAAACCUAUAUCCUGUAUUGUAACAUUUUAUUUGAGUUCUCAGUAAAUUCAGUGUAAAAAUCUUUUUGGUGGCCACCGUGGAAAAAAGGAAUCGGUGGUCUUAAAAUAAGGAGACAAUAUUUUUUUAAACCUGUGAACUAUGUUACCAUUUGAAAGCCUCUGACAUCCAUACAGAGUUGUUUCUUCUUGCUGGUAAGCCCUUUCCAGUAGUUACUGGGUAACUUGGAAUUGUGAAGGUCAGAUUUGUUCUUUGACUUCAAAUCGCCCGUGUGUCUGGGUUGGCAGUGAUGACACAGAGCCUGUGGACUUACAUUGGUUGGGUUAUACAGAUUUUUCAGUUUCUAAGGUACAGUGUAGGGUGUUUUUGACUGCUCAAAGCAAACAUAAUUAUCUAGAACUCUUAUGUAAUGGUUUUUUUUUAAUAGCCCACUAAAAUGAAUGGAGUAUUUUUAUAACAGAGCCUAUCCUAGUAACAGAGAUAACAUCUGUAGAGGGGCCAAACUGCAGGAAGCUGACCUGUCUAAUAAAUCUUUCAAGUAUCCUGUGUACUAACAGACUGUUAGACAUGCAGCCUUUGUUUUAUGCAGCAAGGGAGUGAGGGAAGGUGGAAGGAGGAGAGCCUUCAGGGUACAAAACACACAGGGAGAGAGGAGCCGAGACAGCAUGCUGCAUUUUGUGAGUGAACCUGAGAUAUUCUUCGUGCUAAUGCCGUGGUUGUAUUUGCCAAAGUUUUACUCUAGUUAUCUGCUGAGCAACUUGGGACUUGCAGCUCUGUAAAGCACACUCACUUCCACAGCUCCUAGGUUUCCAAGAAUAAAUCAAUGCAUGACUUAAUGAUGACUGCUGCAGUAUUUACACCCCCUUGCACAUUUUGACCUUCCUCAGCAAAAUGUAAUAGCUAUUUAUAGAAGGGGAUGAUACGUGGCAGACAGGAUUGAGACAUGUAGAGAGAUCUGAGAAUCUUCAAGAAUACAGUUGGAUUUCUUUGUGGAUCUUCUGAUUUACAAUGGCUACACUUCAGUAGCCCUCAAAAAAAAGCCCACAAAAGCAAGGCCUACCUCUUGUAGAGGAAAAAGAAUACACUGGAAAUGGAAUUUUCCAUGUAAAUUCCUUUUCUAUACUUGCCUUGGAGAGCUAUAACAAUGUUUUUUUGUAUCAUUCCCAGGGGCUGUGGAAAUGGCAUUGUGUGGUGUGUGAAAAUACCCAUUUUCUGAGAACUCCAGGGAUACAAAACAAUUACAGUCUUUGCAUCAGAGAUAGGGAAAAGGAAAAAACCUAUCUAGAGUAUCUGGUGUCUUAAAUAGCAGUUAUUCAAACCCAUUUGUGUACCGGUACAAGCACGUGGCAAGCACUAGAAAUGUAGCUGUUUAUGGAUGUGCUGCUGCUUGUAAGGCAGGAUUCUUACACCCUCUGGCUGCAGUGCAGUCUCUUCAUACCCCAGUUGAUCACAGACUGUGGCUUUAUGCCACAAGAAAAUACCUUUUUAUCACUUAAAAAAAGCAAAGAUGCCCAAAGCUGCCCAAAGCUGCGAGUCCUUCAUUCAGCUCCGGCUCCUUUGUCCAUCUUUGACAAAUUGUCUAAUCUCCCUGCUACUGCUUUUAUGAUCUGUAGAACAGCAAUUUGGGAAUGCAUCCUCACCUCUUACACUGCUUUCUGGGUUGAGCCCUGCAGCCCUUGCUCUGGCAUUGAUGAGGAAGCUCUCUCUCCCCCUGGUAUUUGUGGGUGUCGUAAUGAAAGAGCAGUAAGAUUUCCUACCUUAUUUAAUGUUUGCAAAGCACUUGUGGAAGGUGGUAAGUGCUAAUUAUUACAAGCACUGUGCAAUGUGCCUCAUUUAUAGGAGGUAAUUUAGGCAUAAAGAUGCUUGGAGGUACAGUAAUUAAGUUUUAUUCUCACAUGGCUUUGCUUUGUGACAUUUGCCCACUGGAUGAUCUAGACCUGUUCCUUGUCUUGGUCCCAUCUUCAUUGGUGCAUUCGUGCUAGGAGGUUACCGCUAUAUUUAAGCUUUGGUUGAUUUACAGGCAAAGUCCACAGUGGAUAACAAGCCACUUGGUAUGCUGAAUAACUGGAUUAAAUGAAGUAUCUGUCACAUUAAAAGAAUUAGGUUUUGUAGCUUAAUGUUCACAGGAUUGCUUUCUCUUCUUCACCUGAUCUUUUUCUUUUCCAUCGAGUCUCCAUUAGAUCCACGUUACCUGUCUUUGCAUUCAGGGAUGCAUCAAAAACCCAGCCAUGUUGACAGUGGGGUGGUGCAAUAGACAAUCAUCCCACCACUUGCUCUGGUACCAUAAAACCACCAGCAAGCAUUUCAUUUCAUAGCAUGGAUCAUUUUAAAUGAAGGUUCUACUCCUAUUGAACUUCAUACGUGUUGUCCUUGAGGUAAAUGUGUAAAGUACAUGCUCUUAUCAAAAAGCUCUUUCAUCUACUGAGUGACAUGAUGCUUAAUGAGAACAUUUGAAUGUAAAUUUGCUUUCAUUUGGGCUGUUUCCCAUAUGUAUUAUUUUGUAUUGUUUGCAGUUUCAUUUUAAUAACAAUCACUGUGAUAAGUGGUAUCUCUCUCUUUCUCCCCAGCCAAACGCAAUAAUAGUGACUAAAAGUGGUUGAUGCAUCAUCCUUUUAGAUAUUUGGAUGGAAGAGGAAGGGUAAACACCUACCAAAAUAGCAUCAUUUGUGGUAAAGAUUAUAGUUUUUUACAAGUAGCAGUUGCUGGUUCACUUGUGCACAUCCAUGUGUUUGACAUAUUUUCUUGAACCCUUACAAUGUGGCCUUCAUAAUGCUUCCUAACACAUUGCAGUAGAGGAUUUUUGAAGCUGUUGUAAUUUUUAAUUGGGCUAUACAUGGUCUUACAGUUCUGGCAUAAUGCACUUUAUUCAGAGGAAAACAAAGCAUUUUCACAGUAACGUGCAAACUAUACUUAACACCUUAUGCAGAUAUUUUUCAGAUGAAUUUUGAAUCCA